AUGUCAAAAAACCAUUUGCGACCAACUGAGAUCUCCGUUAUCCACGGUAAUGAUUUCGAAAUUGAGGGCCUUACUUUAAUCAAGUACGGUGUCAGCUAUGACCCACCGGCCAUCAUAAUUUUCUACGAGGAUAAACCUGUCCAUGAUGAUGAUCGGAACCAGUCGCCCACCCCGCUUAUUAACGGGGACUCAGAUGGAGCGAAUGUUGCGAGUAACAAUACAAAUAGUAGCAGUAAAGGACACAGAGUAAGGAAACGAAAGAUGCCUCUGAGAGAUUUGAUCACGAAGGACUGUGACGUGAAAGGGGUGGGGGAGAAGCUGAGGAAGAAACACCCGAAACAUUUGCAGUUGUUGACCAAUUACAAACUAGAAAAAAUGCUCACGCUCAUACAAGGUCACCUCAAGGGACUCUCGCAGGAGGCAGUGUUAGUACGAUGGGAUAUGGACCACAAUGUAGAUGGAGAAGAAGACCUGAACAAGUUGGAUGACGAGGAACUGCGGAAGAAGAAGCUGGCGAUGGAAGAGACAUUUGAUAGGAACAAGAUACUACCCGGACAUCCGGACUAUGUUUACGACAAAGAAGUCAAUUUCGACGUUGAAGAGAAAGUAGAAUGCGAGUGGGAUUUAGACAGCGAAGAAGAAAACGAAAAUGAACAAAAAAGAAGCGAGCAAACCGACGAUCUAAAACAAUCGAAUGACAAUCAAACGAGCAUUAACGAUCAUCACGUGAACGGAAACGUUGAAAAUGGUCGAUCAAGUCAACCAGAAAAAGACGAACAAGUUGAUGAUGACAGCCCACGUGUUCAAGAAGUUAAUUCGAAAACAGAACUAAAAGAAGAAAGUGAAAAAUAUGAAAGUAGACUAGAUAUUAAUAAACAAGAGACUGAUGAUUUAAUUGUUGACGAUAUUGACGACUUUUUCGAUGACUAAUUGCAGAUCAAAACUGGCUUUACCUGAGAGAAAAAUUGCUUUUAACUUUACGUGAAACUUUUUGUAAAUUGGGAAAAAAUGUUUGUAAUUUUGUUAGAUUUAAUCAAUUUGUAAUGUUCUUAUUUGUAAUUGGUUGAUUAUGAGCGACCCAAGUAUUGAUGCCAGCAAUAUAAAUUACUAGUGCCGUUAUUUACUGGUUAGGUUUUUUAAAACGCACUUCGAAAUAAUAAGUUAAUUGGAAAUAGCA